UUCAUUAAUUGGAAGAUGAAAUCAAACUCCACAGAAAAAUUUGGUACUAACUGGGACUGGGUGGACCCUCAAGUCUUAAACACACAGUCCUCCAUCACCAAUCCUCCCAACCUCAACCCUUUCAACUUCCUUCAACCCACACUUGACUCCUCUACUGUUUCAUUUCUACCUUGCACUCCCUCUGAGCGCGUUUGUUUCUCAACCCUUCAUCUCCAUGAUCAUAACGAUGAUUUCUUCUACCUCUAUGAGAUCAUCUUCACCCACUUCGGCCUCAGACUUCCUUUCUCCGAUUUCCAACUUCAAAUCCUAAACGCCAUCAAUGUCGCUCCCACUCAACUUCACCCCGAAGCUUGGGCCUUUGUCAUAAGCUUCGAGAAUCUCUGUCAAUCCUUUCGUCUUGCUCCCAGUGUUGCCGCUUUCUUCUACUUCUUUCAGGUAGUUAAAGAGAAGGAAAAGAUGAGUUGGGUUUCCAUUCGUGCGCAUGAAGGACAAACCAAAAUCCUUGUUUUCGACAAGUGGUACGCUAACUUCUCGAACCAGUUCUUCCGAGUUGAAGGUAGAAGGGGCUCAGCACUUCCCUUCUUCGUGGGUGAAAACAAGAAGCCAAAGUUUCCACUGUACUGGACUCGGAUGAUACAGUCUCCCAAACCACCUCAAUGUUCAAGCUUGUCUCCUUCGGAGAAAGACUUGGUUGAUAAACUCCAAAGAUUGAAAGAACCAUUCCAAUGUGCCUUUUACUUUCCCCUUAACACCAAUGCGCCUCUCAAAAUAAGCCCUUUGCAUGCCCCUAACUCAAAUGGAAGAAGAUCAAAACAGGUAGUUGAAGUGACAGGGGGAGUUGAAAAGAGGAAGCAGUUUGUCACAUCUACCCCUGAGCAGAGGAAAAAUCAAAGGGUGUUGGUGGAGAAUAGUCCUACUUCUACUCCGCCUCCGCCUCCGCCGGUGGUCAAUUCAGAUAUGGAAGAGACGGGUCAUUUGUGUGGUUUUGAAGGGGAUGGAGCAGGGCUUCCCUCCUGCGUCCAGGGUCACGCAUUGGAUUCCAAUGGUCUCAUCAGCCACAGCAUGGGACACGUGGAUCUUGGUAGCUUUCUGCAGGGACUAUUUCUGCAAGGCAUGGAAGUGAUUCAGAAACGGGUCUCCCAACUUGAAUCUGAGCUGAAUGAGGAGAGAAGCGCCAGAAAGAAAGCUGAGGGGAAGGUAGCAGAAAUGAAAAAGGAGCUUGCUCGGUGUGAAGGGGAGCUUGCCUCCGCAAGAAGAGAUUGUGAAGCACUGCAUGAAAUCCAGCAAGUCUUGAGAAGGAUCAGUACUACUACUACUACUACUACCAUGAGUCAAAGAGAUUAGAGGCCUAAAGAAAAGCCUUAUAUCAUUAUUUUGUAGAAAGACCAUGGUUUUACUUAACCAGUACUCUUUAUUUAUUUUUUGAAAGAAAGAAUUGUUCAAAAAUGAUUUGAUGGCAAG